AAGAGGGAAAAAAACAGUCGUUGCCUAUAACAUGAGGAAAAGCCUUGCUUGUUGGGGGUGGGGGAGAGAACGAGCGAGAAUGCAAUUGAAAGACGGCAGAUAUUUUAAGGGAAUUUAGGACAGAUUCUCUACUCAGGUGCGCUAGGGCGCACUCGUGGUGUGCGCGACUACGUAUCUCUAAUCGUCUACCACCAGAUCCCAAUGAUUUUAGAUCAUUUCCCACCAAGGUUUAAUGUGGGUCGAACCCAGAAGCCAUUUCGUUGCAGUCACAUGAAGCCAUUCCUUUUUCCUGGCCGUUGUAGUAGCAGAGAGGGAAGAGAGUCGACUGUUUCAGAACACCGACUCGACGCAAAUCAUUCAAAAAUAUACUUCGGGACUUUAGGCUACGACUAGUGCGCUCUAGAGUCGGAGUACUUUUUAGACCGUCUGGAGUUUUAAAUUAAGCGCUUCGAGUCGCCCUUUAGGUCAAAUAGAGAUUGCGCGUGAGGGCUGGGAGAGGGACUACUCAUGUUUGACUGAACACGCAAUGAGUCAGUCUCAGGGUUUUACAAAUAUAACAUUUUCAAAGUUUAGCAAUACCACUGGAUUACCUUUUUGUUAAUUCAUGGUUUCUAUCAAGGCGCCAUUUAUUUUCAACAGUGGAUUAGAUUGAGUCGUUUACUUUCUGAAUAAAAAUUGAGAUUCUGCGCAAGGGGCUCCAUUAUUAAGUAAAUCUGCUAAACAAUUAAAAGCUCACUGUUAAAAAGCGAUAGGGACAUAUUGAAGGCUAUUUGCAAAUUACAAUCAUGAAACCUUCAAGAUGGAAAUAAUGAAAACAUUCUAAUAGCCUACUAAAGUUUGUUUUCAUAUUUGUUUCAAUUGUGUCUGUACCUGUUGAAUCAAAAUGAUUUCGACUUUCAAUUGUAAUUGGCCCACAUUCGUGUCGAACCACAUACUAGUGCACAAAUUCAAUUACUGUUUUAUUAUUAUUAUGCAAAAAGGCCUCAUUUGUUUUAACUAGGAGGGAUGGGAACCAGUUGCGACCUGUCAUUCAAGACAGGUGGGGUUUUGAGCCCUACAUUUUAUAGCAAAAAAUAAGUCAUAUUUUUGGCAUUAAUACUUGUCACAUAUAAUUUUCCAAGCAAUGUAAAAUAUAUAUCUUUGAGUUAAUAAAGCCGCAUACAAACAUGGUCUCUUUUUUUGUUUUCUUGAUUAAGGCAGCUCCAAAAUUCAAGUAUUUCAGCCUAGCUCAGUGCUUUCUGUGAUGGUGGGGCAAGCAAGCAGAAAAUAUGGAGCAUUACGCCGUGAUUGGCUCAGUGUUCUGUCACUAAUGGGGACACUACGUCACCGCCAAGUCUAAGGGUAGAGCUCUAAAAUUCUAGCCCCUUGGGUGCAGCCAUAGAGUUACAUUAGAAGUGCCCAGCCAAGAAGGCUCAAUGUCAUUGGCCACAGAUAAAAUGAUGUCAAAUCACGUUAUGUCUACAGUAACUUUGAUUGGACUGAUCAUGUCAACAUCAUACUUUCAAAAUCUUACCUAGCAGUCAUCAUCUACUGGCAAAUCCUAUUUAAUCCUUGUCAUAUGAAGAGAAAUAAUGAAGAGAAAUUAUAGAUAAAAUGUAUCGGUGCUCAUCGGCCAUUGGACAUAAACAUUACACAACAAGUUGGAAUUCGCAAAUUCAACAAUGAGUGGUUUGGAAGGAAUCAGUGGCCAACUGCAAGCAUUGCAUAUCAAUCAUUAGCCUGCUAUUCAGUGGAUUGGCUCUGUGGUCCCAAGUCUAAGAUUAAGGGUCUCUUUUUCUAGUUUAAAAUUAUAAACAUUCAACAUUGCUGUCAAUGAAGCAUGAUUUGUGGUGCGCUCAAAACAACUGUUAACUCAGAACUGCAAAAUCUGACUUUAGUGAGUUCAAGACAACUGGGAACUCGGAAAAAAACUAGCUAAAACUAUUCAAAUACAUUUUAAACUUUCAUCCAACUCGGAAUUGUAUAUCGGGAACUCGGGCCUCUUUCUAGAGCUACGACCUGAAGAUCACUGAUGUCAUCAUGAUUCAACCUUUUUUUUUCUUCGAGUUCCCAGUUCUCUUGAAAGCACCAUAAAUCCAGAGAAUGCCAGACUUUGAUGACAAAGUUUGAUGACAAAUUUGCCAGGAAGGACCGCCGUGCCACCUUCCUGUUCAAGUGAGCACAGCACAACAAGGGAGAAGAAAUGGGUGAUCGUAGGAGACACAUCCCUGAGGAUCUUCAAGUGGGUUCCAGUGACUGAGCCCAAAUCAGCAGAUGAUAAGAGUAAGAAUAAGAAGAUGGGGAAGGAUGAGAAGUAUGGGUCAGAAUUGACCACACCUGAGAACAGCUCUUCUCCUGGGAUGAUGGACAUGCAUGACGACAACAGUAACCAGAGUUCCAUCGCCGACUCCUCCCCCGUCAAACAGGAAACCAGCUGCAGCACUAGCCCCGCCCCUGAACCCUCUGCUGUAUCCCACGGCGAUAGCAGUGAGGCCAAGAGCGACCAGAGCCCUGGCAGCAAGAGGACGAAGAGCAACCUGUCCACUGAGGGCUCAGAGAGAGGACAGGGGGACAAGAGAGACAGCAGACCGACAUCCUCAGGAGACAAGGACACCUCAGGAGACAAGGACACCUCAGGAGACAAGGACACCUCAGGAGACAAGGACACUCAGGAACAGGAGGAAGAGGCUCCUCCCAGUAAGAAGAGCAUGCAGGAGUCUCCAUCUCAGGACUACGAGGAGAAAUAGACGUGCUGCAUCCUUUCUAUCUUCUUCCUCCCCCUGUAGCCCCUAACACUCCUCCGAGCAGAGGGAGAAAGGACUUUGUCUCCCUCCACUAAGCCUUCUUCCUUCCCUCCUCCUCUUCUUCCACACUCACUCCCUCACUAAUGCCACGAGUAGUUCUAUGAACCAGCCUGUUAUCCCCUCCAUGGCCAGGGGUGGCGCUGUGAGCCCAGCUCUUCCCAGAAGAGAAACACUGACCUGCACCUGUGACACAAACCCACUGACAAUAUGGGACUUCACAUUCUACGCUGGCACCACACGCUAACAGAGUAGGAUUGAGUUUCCCCUAGACAGUGAUCUAAGGUUUAGUUUCUAUGUUUCCCCCCCCCUGAUGGUUAAAAUUAGGAUGCAAGGGAAGGUAAACUGAUCCCAGAUCUGUAGCUCUCAUCUUCUAACCCAGGAGCCACGUCAAACCUCCCCCCUAACUCACCUUCGGUUGUUCCGGUGUUUGUUUGGGACAGUUUCCAGGUCGUUUAGUUUAGGGGUUGUUGUUUAGCCCAGGAGGGUCAAUGCGCUGUUAAGGUAUAAUGUCACAAAAACGGCACGCUAUGGUUUUACUGCUGCUGUGCUGGGUGUGGAUUUCUGUCCGUUUUGUUAUUUUAGCUUUAUUUAACUUGCUUUUUUUUCUAGAGGAAGAACGAGUUUAUUUUUUCGCGAGGACAUGCUUGUAGCAUACGUAGGUUUUAUCGAAGGGUGUUCUUUGAUUAUUGUGGUAUAACGUACUUGGUAGGUCAAACUGUUUUUAACUACUUUUUUAUUGUACCAUGUUUUUAUUUGCCUUACGGUUUUAACAUUGAGCUAAUGAUUUUAUUCAGCAUUUACAUUCAACUAUAAACAGUUUCCGUUUCGCAUUGGUUACUGUUAGAAAGACAACAUGUACUGUACAAAACCGCAUUCUGCAAAUAUCUCAAAAGAAGAAUUGACUUUGAGGGAGUCAGCAGCUUCCCACGAGCCUGGGUGUCAGUCAGUUUCUCUUCCCAGCUUCUUUCCUGUCAAAAGGCAUGACGACUACAAAAGAGUUGAGGAGUUACACAGAAACAUGUGGGUGUCCGGGCUAAAUUCCCACUUGGUCAACAGCAAUGUACAUUUACCGUCAUUUUCUUAUGAGUCUUCAUUGCCACCGUGGUGGUUUAAAUGUAUUACUAUAUGUAUCACCUUUCAUAACCUCCCCUCAGUGUCCAGUCCGGCUCAAACUGUGGCUCAGAUCCUCAUUCAAGGUGCUCAGAUCCUCAUUCAAGGUGCUCUCUGUGGGUUUCAACCUAACUUCAGGAUCGAGGAAGGAACGCAUAUUCGCACAAAUCUGUCAACUCCACACACAAAAAAAAAAAAUCAGCCUCAAACCUAUUUAUGUAUGUUUUUUGUUCGGGUGACUUGAUCAAUCAAUAACCAUUGAUUUCCCCCCCCCCCCGGAAUCAAUGAGUUCAGAUGGCAGAUGAUGUAGACAUGGGUAUCUCAAGAGCGUGAGCCUGUCUGACCGACUGUUUAUCAGCGGAUACACACAUUCAAACAUCAGUUCAAUAGAGAGAAAUGAAAUGACAUUUCAGUGGCGACAGAGGACGGCUUUAGCAUAUACCUCAUUUACAGUCCAGCAGAGCUGGUACUAGUGAUGCUAUGUAAUUGACAUGAGAAGUAUGUACAACAUUCCGUUUUUUUUUUUAGAUAUCUUUUAUGUUUUAGCUUUCACUUGAUUCUGAUUGAACCGGUUAAUGCUUCUAGUUUAACUCAUAUGAACUGUGUAUAUAAAGAGCUGAGGAAACAUGUCAGAUGCUUGUUUUCUUGGGACCAUAUUGUUUCAGUCUAGAAUGAUCUUGUACAGGUUGAUGGUUUGUUUUGACUUAUUUAUUCUAUCGCUAGUGCUCAGAUUUGAUCAUGUCCAAUGGUUUUGUUUUAUUAAUAAAAAGCCCCAAAAUAUUUAUUUUA